CAUCCCAAUAUCGAGGCCACCACUACCAUGACGUUGAACACUCGGAGCAAUCACUUCAUUUGCUUCUCCCCCAACUCCAUCCAUGCGCUGCGCAACACCUCUGAGCUAAUGGAGGGAGCAUCCCAUGACGACCGCGGCUCGACCCGCUUUUUACUGGAUCGUGACAGUGGGUGGAUGGUUGGGCCCAAACAUCGGCUGUUAUUCUGGGUGCCACCCGCUUCUCGCCACCCAUUCUAUAGUCCUCAGACUGCAUUGGUGAUACCUAGAGGAGGCGCUGAGCUUGAUUUGAGCCGCAUGGCACAUGGACAAGAUUGG